AUGGAUCUCUCCACCUCUCUCCCCACCUCAUCAAACCAUCUUGCAACUCUUCUACCCCCUCCAUCAGAUUUCGAGGCACCAAACAAAGACAAAAUGAAGAAAAAACUUCAAGCAUAUGCCGAAGCAAAUGGUUACAAGAUCACCAUACGAUCGACUGACAAGGAGACCAAGAUUCGAUAUGCAUGCCAUCGAUCUGGGACAAAGCCAUCUGAGACUUCAUGCUCCCUGAAGACUGACUGCCCCUUUGCCUUCAAUGCAUACGAGGUCACCGCUUCCACAACCCCCAGCUACCUUCAGGAUUUAGUUAAGUCCACCAAUACCUCCAACCGUUUACCCCCAAUAGGUACCUGGAAGGUCCAGAUCAAGCAUCCGUAUCACAACCAUGGACCUAUGGGUUUGGAAACCCAUACCCCCAAAGUGGAGAGCCUUACUGUCAUCAAGCAACGCUCGAGUUUGAUAUCCAACAAGCUAUCCCAGCUUUCGCCUCUCGAUCGCACCAAAGCACUUUCCGAGAUUCAACAAGUCCUUGAGAAGUAUAACGCCUCGGCCCUCCAACCACAUCACUCAGUUGAACACAUUGAGCCAAUCUCAACCCGUAGCGAUGUCUCCAUGGGCCCCGGCCCUUCUACCACGCUGCCUUCAAUUGAUCUACCUUCUGUGGAGCAUACUGUCCCGUUGGUCAAGAAACGGAAACGCAAGAAACCCAAGGCAUCUGCACAGCCGUUCCCAGCAGUGCUCCACCAACAUUCCCCCCCACCUGUCACCCCAGCUUCACCACAACUUACUGCUGCCCCAACCAUCCGGCCGCUGGUACCUCUAGACGUCAACAUCUCUUCUGAAAUCCUCGAAAGGCCACACUUGCCUCUGAUCGUGACUUCUUACCCGAUGAAAAAUGCAAGACCUGAAAGUGAAAGUAACACAUUGGAUAUGAAGUGCCUUGUUGAUUACGAUUCGGAAACCAUGUUAUUUUGGAAUCCCAAACCUGAUCGACCCAUUGUAGCCUUCAUCCACAAGGUCCAUUUCGUUACCCCAGGCGGAACCAGCCCCAGAACCUUUGACCAUGACCCAGACGAAAGCUUUGAUUUAGAUUCUCUGAUACCACCCUUACCCCCCACAAGCCCAACUGAGAAAGAUGGAAAUGCUACUUCUACCAAUUUAGAUUCUCUGAUUCCACCCCUACCCCCUACAAGCCCGAAUGAGGAAGAUGAAAACGCUACUGCCACAGCUGAAACCACCGAAGUCACCAUUCGCCCACCAGUCACAACAAGUUGUGAACCACCCAAGGCUAUACCUGUUCAAGCACCUCCUAUUCGCCGUGUGACCCGCCAGACCCCUAUUGUUCCUGACUCAAUAUCACUAGCUGGAACUCGUCGAUCCCUACGUGCGCGUAACAAAAAAGACCAACGUGUUCCACAUUGGCUACACAAGUACGUGAACUCGGUGACUGACCCCGCUCCGGAUGGGCAUUGUGGUUAUCGUGCGAUUGCAAUCAGCCUGGGUCAACCUGAAGACAAUUGGCAUUCAGUGCGUGAAGAUCUCAUAGGUGAACUGCAAUCAAGGCCCGACUUCUACAAUUCACAUUUCGAAGCACGAAAACGUGGUGACGGCGAUGUCAACGAGCAUAUCAAGGCCAUCCAAACUGAAAGAGAAGAAGUACUUGACACUCCUGCAUUAUGGCUCAAUUCGGCGCAAAUGUUGUAUAUCAUUGCAACAACAUACAAAAGGGUUUUCUGUGUAUAUGGUGAAGAUCAAAGCUUUUCAGCUUUGCCACUUGACGGUUCGGUGAAUGAUAAUACCCCUAUUUUCCUCUGUUAUGAUAAAAAAAGUGUCCACUUCUUGUCUCUCUUGCUUUUUUCACCUCCCACUGUCCUCCCUAUCCCUGAGCCCUGGUCAGAGUGGCACAAUCUGGCGCACCCAGCGGCGAAGGCCUGGUUUCACAAGUUCACCCCUUUUUUCAAGAUGUUCGAAGAUUGUAUCAUACCUAUAUUGGUGAAAAGUUAUCCUUGCUUGUACCAUCGCGGCCCUCCUGUAGAAAUUGAUCUUGUUUCAGAUUCUGAUUAG